GACAGAAACAUCUUCAUGUCCUUGGCAUCCGUCCUGAACCCGUGCUGUGCUGUCUGUGUUCCCAGAAGAGCCCUCUGAAGUCCAUACGUUAUCUAGGUUCUAUUAGUUUUACCGUCGCAUUACUCAAACCGGCGCCUACCUGUCAGUGGUAGAUAGAAGCUGUCCGAAUAAGGUACAAGUCGUGGAGUGACUAUUGAUUUUAUAAAGAAAUACUUCAAAUUGUCUAAAAGCCUGAAGAAGAAGAGGAGAUGCUUCUGACAUCAUGUUGCCUGCUUCUGCUGAUGCACUGUCUUGCCAAUACAGACGCGUUGCCGUGCAGCUCCAACCAGUUCCAGUGUGAGAACGGGAAGUGCAUCACCAGCAGGUGGGUCUGCGAUGGGGGCAACGACUGUGGAGACGAGUCUGACGAGCAGCCUACUGCCUGUGAGGCAAAGAUCUGCCGGCCCACAGAGUUCAACUGCGGCGCUCCUCUGAACCAGUGUAUACCCGGGCGAUGGCACUGCGACGGCGGUGCCGACUGUGGCAACGGAGCAGAUGAGCUGGGCUGCUGUAAGUCUACACACACACAGAUUCACAACAUGGAACAGUGAGGGGAACAACGACUA